GACAAUUGCCAUUAACUAAGAGUCCUGCUUGAUAUGAACAAUCUCAUAUGAUGAUGAUCCAGCAACAAAAGAGAGAAAAAAAAUACCCAAAACCGGCGCGGAAAAUAUGUGUCCACAACCCCAGAUGAACGGACAGUGAAUCAGAAAAAGAAGUUCUAGUUGAAACACCGGCUUUGGAGGAAAAGAUUAAAGGAAAUCCGGGUCUAAUUACCAAGAAAAAAGCCGACACGAAGCAACGGAAAACUAAGACUGUGCAUAGAAAGACACCGGAUCAGCAAGCUGGCAAAAUAACACCGGAUGGACUUCCGAAAGAACACUUUUCUGAUAGAAAAAAUAAAGAAAAAAAUAGAAAAAAAAACCGCGCUUUGUGACGUUUUUCUAUGCUUCCUAUGAACAUACAC